AUGAAUGUGAUCAGACAGUUUAUAUCAACUAAUGUUUUAAGAUUUAAUUCCUCUCAUGCUCUGGUUAAAAGGUGUGUGUAUGCAACUAAGGCCAAACAGACUAAAAAACAACAGACGAACGUAAAGGUAGACCAAUCUCCUUCCGAUGAGGCUGAAGAGCACAUCUUUAACAUCUACGCUUCAAUCAAUCAGGACCACGAGCUUCUCCCUGAUGAAGCCUACCCUAAGUGGCUCUGGGACCUCGACAAACCUGACAAAUCAUACGGAGAACUCAUACAGAUGUUCGUAUACGGGAAGGACAUUGAGAAGUCCAAGAUGGCCGAUUACAACAGGUUCCGCAGACUUCACAAUCGGUACAUGAUUAAGCUAAACAACAUCAGACUCCAAAAAAGGCGCAAGCUGACCUUCAGCACCCACAUGUGGGACGUUUAA